UAGACCCCGAGGGUCUGGGAGAGGGGCCGGUCCCCACCCCUGAGUCCCCGGGGUCCUUGACGCUUGUCCGAGGCCAAGCCGUGGGCGGGAAUGUCGUGCUCUCCCUGCCUCCUCCGUUCCCGCUGCCCCCUGGGGGAUUGGAUUCAGGAUUUGUUCCUAGUGUCCAAGACUUUGAUAAGAAACUUACAGAGGCUGAUGCUUACCUACAAAUCUUGAUAGAACAAUUAAAGCUUUUUGAUGACAAACUUCAAAACUGCAAAGAUGAUGAACAGAGAAAGAAAAUUGAAACUCUCAAAGACACAACAAAUAGCAUGGUAGAAUCAAUUAAACACUGUAUUGUGUUGCUGCAGAUUGCUAAAGACCAGACUAAUGCAGAGAAGCACGCAGAUGGAAUUAUAAGUACUAUUAAUCCUGUAGAUGCAAUAUAUCAGCCUAGCCCCUUGGAACCUGUGAUCAGCACAAUGCCUUCCCAGACUGUCUUACCUCCAGAACCUGCUCAGUCGUGUAAGUCAGAGCAGCGACCAUCUUCCCUGCCAGUGGGACCUGUACUAGCAACCUUGGGGCAUCAUCAGACUCCAACACCAAAUAGUACAGGCAGUGGCCAUUCACCACCUAGUAGCAGCCUAACUUCUCCAAGCCAUGUCAACUUGUCUCUAAAUACAGUCCCAGAGUUCUCUUAUUCUAGCAGCGAAGAUGAAUUCUAUGACGCAGAUGAAUUCCAUCAAAGUGGCUCAUCCCCAAAGCGCUUAAUAGAUUCUUCUGGUUCUGCCUCAGUCUUGACACACAGCAGCUCGGGAAACAGUCUGAAGCGCCCAGAUACCACAGAAUCACUUAAUUCUUCCAUAUCCAAUGGAACAAGUGAUGCUGAUCUUUUUGAUUCACACGACGAUAGAGAUGACGACGGGGAGGCAGGUUCAGUGGAGGAGCACAAGAGUGUGAUCAUGCACCUCUUGUCACAGGUUAGGCUCGGAAUGGACCUGACAAAGGUAGUUCUUCCAACAUUUAUUCUUGAAAGAAGAUCCCUUUUAGAAAUGUAUGCAGACUUUUUUGCACAUCCGGACCUGUUUGUGAGCAUCAGCGACCAGAAGGAUCCUCGGGAUCGGAUGGUUCAGGUUGUGAAAUGGUAUCUCUCAGCCUUUCAUGCAGGAAGGAAAGGAUCAGUUGCCAAAAAGCCAUACAACUCCAUUUUGGGCGAGAUCUUUCAGUGUCACUGGACAUUACCUAAUGACACUGAAGAAAACACAGAGCUAGUUUCAGAAGGACCAGUUCCCUGGGUUUCCAAAAACAGUGUAACAUUCGUGGCUGAGCAGGUUUCCCAUCAUCCACCCAUUUCAGCCUUUUAUGCUGAAUGUUUUAACAAGAAGAUACAAUUCAAUGCUCAUAUCUGGACCAAAUCAAAAUUCCUUGGGAUGUCAAUUGGGGUGCACAACAUAGGGCAGGGCUGUGUCUCGUGCCUGGACUAUGAUGAACAUUACAUCCUCACAUUCCCCAAUGGUUAUGGAAGGUCUAUCCUCACAGUGCCCUGGGUGGAAUUAGGAGGAGAAUGCAGUAUUAAUUGUUCCAAAACAGGCUACAGUGCAAAUAUUGUCUUCCAUACUAAACCUUUCUAUGGAGGCAAGAAACACAGAAUUACUGCUGAGAUCUUUUCUCCAAAUGACAAGAAGUCUUUCUGCUCAAUAGAAGGGGAAUGGAAUGGUGUAAUGUAUGCAAAAUAUGCAACAGGGGAAAAUACAAUCUUCGUAGAUACUAAGAAGCUGCCUAUAAUCAAAAAGAAAGUAAGGAAGUUGGAAGAUCAGAAUGAGUAUGAGUCCCGCAGCCUUUGGAAGGAUGUCACUUUCAAUUUAAAAAUCAGAGACAUUGAUGCAGCAACUGAAGCAAAGCACAGACUUGAAGAAAGACAAAGAGCAGAAGCCCGAGAAAGGAAGGAGAAGGAAAUUCAAUGGGAGACAAGGCUAUUUCAUGAAGAUGGAGAAUGCUGGGUUUAUGAUGAGCCAUUGCUGAAACGUCUUGGUGCUGCCAAGCAUUAGGUUGUGGACAUAAUUAAGCAACAAUCUUCCUUGGGGAGAAGCUUUUCACUCCCUUCUUACUGCAGUGGUUCCUAUCUCAGGGAUACUGGACUUCCGACGCAGAUGAACAAUUACAGCAGGAGAAGCUUCCCUUUUUCCCUCUGUGGCAGUUACAAUUUUGACUUCAGUCCUGAGAAAACCUUCAGGUUUUGAAAACAAGAUGUCUGCUCCUUUCCCAAACCCCAUGCUUUGAAAAACAUUUAUAAUCCGUCUCAAAUUCUGCACUCUAGUACUGCAGUUCAGAUAUACAGCCUGUUUCCUAGUUCAUAUAAUCUUGAGUUCUAUAAAUAUGUAUUUGUGUGUAUGUGUAUAUAUGUAUAUAUGUGUAUAUAUAUACAUGCACACAUACACAAUAUACCCAAUGCCAGAUUUUUUCAUAUAUACUUCAUCUACUGUAAAUAUUGGUUCCUCAGAGUUGUUUUAGAAAAUUAGCACAGUGUAUUAAAAUCAAGUGUUAGGAAAUUUCAUGGUUUCACAAUAACUUUUAUUUUGGAAUCAAACUAUUAAAUUGUAUCUAACUCUGAAAUACAGUUUAAUUAUA